CACACGUCCAGCAUGAUCACCGUUUCUCCGUAGCAGCUUCCUCGGUUCUUUCUACUCAUCAGCAUCCGUCCAGCCACGUUCAGAAUCCACAGCAGGCGGGGUAUAUAACCACCGGGGUUGCAGCAGGGAUGGGUUCAACAACUUGCCGCCGCAACUGCCCACUACCGUUACGAUGUCUUCCCCUGUGGACUACUCGUCGUGGUCGCCUGCCUCAACCAGCUCCGACUCACGCUCGGGAUCACCGGUCCAUCCUGCUUCGCUGGUGGAUCCUACGACGCACUCCUCUGCGAUUCUGCAGCUGAUGGGUGUGAAAUUCACGCCGUCCGUCAUAGGCUACAUCGUCGAGUGUAUCGCCGACGCGGUCUCGUACGCUCUCAUCCGCGGCUCGCGCAAGCCCUCCCGCUCGCGUCCCUCGCCCCGCGCCACAUCCCUCCCCCUCGACAAAUUCACGCACUUCGUCAAGAUGAUACUCGCCCGCGCGGAAGUGAAACCCGCCGCGGUCCUCGUCGCUCUCGCGUACGUCGCGCGCGCGCGGCCGCACCUCGCCAUCGCCUCGCCCGAGUGGGCGCUCGAGCGCGUGUUCCUCGGCGCGCUGAUCGUCGCGAGCAAGUACACGCAGGACAGCUCGCUGCGCAACGUGCACUGGGCGCUGUGCAGCGGUGUGUUCGGGCGGCGCGACAUCGGGCGCGUGGAGCGGGAGUUUCUGGAGGUGCUCGAUUGGGAGCUCGGUGUGCGGGAGGAGGAGAUCCUGGUGCAUUGGGGUGGGGUUAUGGGGCUGCGUGACGAAGAGAUGCCUGCCGCGGCUUCCAGGACUGCGAUGAAGAAGGCCCCCCGUUCGGAGGACCACAGCGAUGCGGUGCCGGCACUCGAGCCGUCUAGCCCCUCCAGCACGCAUUCAUCCUCGCCACGCACGCCGUCGACAAUCGACAUGGAGGUGGAUCAGCCAGCACCCCACUUCCAGGAGAAGGCAACGAUGCACUACGGUCACCGUUCGCGCCGACUCGGCGGGCCCUCAGGGUGCUACACGUCCACCUCCCGGGCUACCACGAUCAGGCCGCGAGCCCCAUCGCUGCUGGUGUCCAGUUACUGAACUGGAUGAUUCGUGGUCCGAAAUCCUCCGAUCCGCCUGCGGGCCUUUCGAGAUCUUGCGCGGGAUGAUGGAUCAGAGCCCAAGCUGAUCCCGCGCACUGGUGUAUGCGACAAGGCUUGCGAUUUUACCCUUCCAGUGCUUACAUUUAUCAUACCCGCCAUCAACACUGGAUGUUGUUGCCUUGCAAUGCGGCAAUUCGCAGUCCGCUGACACGUCAUAAACAUAUCCCUCAUUUAUCGUGCUAUCGUGCUUUCCCCAGCCAUGUACUUAACUGUAUCCCAUCGCUCCGUCACUCCUUUGAUAUCGCCGAUAUACUGUACCCAUCCUCCAAGAUAUUAAUCAUACGCACAAAUACAUGUACUACAAAAACUGCAUUACCCCCCGCGGCUACAGAUAAUAAAAUGUACCCGCAAUUAC